AGUCCACAAAAGCAAAACAAACCUCUCUCUCUCUCUCUCUCUCUCUCUCUCUCUCCAUACAUCAUUUUAUUAUUCCCUCACACUAUAUAUCAUCCACACCACUCAACCUCCUCUCUCCCCAUCUCUAGUGAUUAUCAUCAAUCAUACUACCUGUGUCAAGAAGAAAGAAGGAAGAAGAAGAAGAAGAGGAGGAAUCUAACACAAACUUUGCACACCAUGGAAGCCCCGGAAGAGGUCGUCAUGAUGGUCGCUCGGCCCAAUGGGCGUAUCCCUUUGCCUAAGCGCAAACGGACGAGGCGACAGAGGGGCCAGUCUCCAUUCACUUUCCAGAUCGCCAGCUCUCCUAGCGAAGAAAAGGUUAGCAAAGCCGAUCGUUUCUCCCCCUCCUACUCCUCUGAUGUGACCCGGGGAGACGAGACGAAUGAGGAAGAGGACAUGGCCCACUGCCUCAUCCUCCUCGCGAGAGGCCAAUUAGGUGAUCAUGAGAAAAGGCGAUCAUUAGUGGAAGAAUCAUUAGUGGAAGAAGAUGAUGAGGAUGAACAAGAAGCAAAUCAUGAUCAUCAUCAUGACAAGUUCAGCAGCAAGAGAUUCUUAGCGACAGAGGAAUACGUGUACCAGUGCAAGACAUGUAACAAGGCCUUCCCAUCAUUCCAAGCUCUAGGAGGACACAGGGCAAGCCACAAGAAGGCCAGGAUCACACCACCAAGCAUGAUUGAACACAACAAACAGCCAUCCCCGACGUCAUCGAUGCCAUCUCCCAUUUCUGCCUUGGAAGACGAUGAUGUCCUGUCCCUCCAAUGGGUGAACACCAAGAAUUCACACCCGAACACUGGCAUUAAUAUCGCGAAGCAACUCCCAAAGAUUCACCAAUGCUCGAUCUGUGGGGCGGAGUUCUCAUCAGGGCAGGCCCUAGGAGGCCACAUGAGGCGGCACCGCACAGUGAUAUCGCGCCCGGCCCCGGCUCUGGCAUUGAUCCCGAGGAUCCCAGAAUCAGAAGAGCCAUUGAGGCUGAGGAGUAAAGCUCCAUCUUUGCAGUUGGAUCUCAAUCUUCCGGCACCAGAAGAUGAUGAUCCUGAAGUCGGAUUCCCAAUCAAUUCCAGGGGACAACAACGCGGGUCGAGUCUUGUUUUCUCGUUCCCAGCCUUGGUCGGUUGUCAUUACUGAGUAGGGAUAUGGCUUUCGAUAUUCGGUUUUUUCUUUUUGAAGGGCUAAUUUCACGUUUCAUGAGUGAUCUGAGGUCCGGAACGGAUGCUAUAGAUCAUCGGUGUAUCCAUUCUUUACAGUUUAAAGUUACAUAUUCUUUUGAUUCUUUAAUUCU